AUGGACGAAUGGUUCGACCUGCUUGAGAGCGGAGAGGCAACUCCGAAUCAGACGUCUCGGGAAGACUCGCCGUGUGCCGUUUACGACCCCCGCGUUGUGCCAUCUAUGUUCUUUGCGAUGUUCCCCAUAGCCCUGCUGCUCAACGGUGUGGCAACCUGGGUCUCUCUGCACCUUAAGUCCACCUCCACCUUCGUGGUGUACCUGAAGAAUCUAGUAGCUGCUGACGUUAUCAUGACCGUGAACCUACUGAUCAAAGCCGCGGUUGACUUACCGGGUGUGUCCAACGAAAUGGUCAUAUUAUCAUGCCGUUGUUUCAGCGUAUUUUUCUACAGUACGAUGUACACAUCCAUCGCGCUGUUGGGCUUGAUCAGUCUAGACCGUUUCUUCAAGAUCCUCUUGCCCCACAGCAAGUUUGGUCAGAAUUUGACCGUCAGCAAACUGAUAUCAGGCUUAAUGUGGGUGAUACUGUUUGGAUGCACAGGCCUUCCCAAUAUCAUUUUGAGCAACAAACCCGUGGUCAACAUGACGAAAAUCACUACUUGCAUGUUGCUCAAAGGACCAGUAGGACUUAAAUUCCAUAAGCACACGGUUAUUUUUCUUAACGCCUUCUUCUGGUUUGUCAGCGUGAUCAUCGUGGUUUGCUACAUCUGCAUCGCAAACAAAGUAAUCCAGUCUUUUAGAAACUCCGGUAGCACCAACAGCCAAGGGAAGCAGAAAGUCAAACUGCGCGUCUUUCUGGUUAUCAUCGUAUUUUUCGUGUCAUUCGGGCCGUACCACAUCGUCAGGAUCCCGUACACUUUCAUGCAAGUCAGCAGCAGUUCUUCCUUCACCGACUGCUCCUUUGUGGCGGGCAAGUUCAUGAAGGAGCUCAGCCUCUGGCUCGCCACCACAAACGUCUGCAUGGACCCACUUAUCUACGUCUUCCUGUGUCGAGAGUUCAAGGAGAAACUGUUGUCCAUGAUGAAAAAUGCCUUGAUGUCAUGUAAGGCCGUUUUAGGAAACAAAGCCUGA